GCCUCUUUUUAUUUAUUUAUUACUAUAACCUGCAAGGUAGACCCAUCUAGUUUCCAUUGAUGGAUCCCAAACAGGCUAACCACAACAAUAUUAAGCCUACUCAUGAUCAGAUAAAAGAGUUGCAGAUUUUGAAAAAUGAUGAAACGAACAAGGUGGCUGCUCCCAAAAGAAAAGAUAGGCAUACAAAAGUUGAAGGUAGAGGGAGGAGAAUACGUAUGCCGGCGCUCUGUGCAGCAAGAAUCUUCCAGCUUACGCGCGAAUUGGGUCAUAAAUCUGAUGGUGAGACAAUUCAGUGGCUGCUGCAGCAAGCCGAGCCUUCGAUUAUUGCUGCUACUGGCACAGGGACAAUACCUGCCUCGGCUUUAGCUGCAGCAGCCUCUGUUUCUCAACAGGGGAUCUCUGUAUCAGCUGGUUUAAUGAUUGAAUCGGGGGCGAAUAUCGCGGGGUCUGGUAGCAGUAGAAGUAGUAAUAGUAGGACCAAUUGGCCAAUGAUCUGUGGGAAUUUUGGAAGACCCCAUUUGGCUACAGCAGGAAUGUGGCCUGCCCCUGCCCCUGUUGUCACUAGUUUUGGGUUUCAAUCCUCAUCUGCUCCAUCAAGCGCGAGUUUAGGUAGUGAUAGUUCAAAUUAUUACUUACAGAAAAUUGGGUUUCCUGGAUUUGAUCUGCCUGCAGCUACAAGUAUGAAUCCGAUGUGUUUUACUUCAAUUCUUGGUGGAAGUAAUCAGCAACUGCCAGGAUUGGAACUGGGAUUAUCUCAAGAGGGUCAUUUAGGGGUUUUGAACCAGAUAUACCAGCAGGCAAGAAUGCAACAUCCGCAGCAGCAACAUCAACAACAACAACAAUCUCCGGAGGAGGAUUCUCAAGGAUCAGGACAUUAAUAAAAGACCUGAGUUAGGUUCUUUUUGGUGAAUGAUUUUUCAUUUGUUAGGAUGUGUAUUGAUUAUAAGUUAAAAGUCAUUCAUUCGCCCUUUAUAUAUGAGUGGUGUGCUUAUAUCUUGUUUGCUGAAAUAGACAUGGUAAUCACAAAUACAUUUUGUACUA